AUGAAUAGAGGAUUAAAACAAUUAUUACCUACAUCACGUAGGUUGCUUAAUUCUCGUUCUAAUGCGAUUGUUUCUUGUGCUGUGCGAUCAGCCAGAGUGAGUCGUUUCGAACAACAACGACUUUUCACACAAUCUGUCAUUCGUCCUAUUUCUUUCAAGGGUAUCUUUGGAGGAAAGCCCGCUAACGAAGAAAAGAAGCUCAUUUUAGAACAAGACAACUUAUUCCAUGUGCUUUCAAAGUCACCUUUACCAGAAAUGAGAGACAGAGCUGCCAUUAUCAACAAGUAUGGUGUCUGUCCUGUCUGCGACACUCACCACACCGAGCAAGAACACAAGAAGAAGCCUGUGUAUGACUGUCCUGAUUGUGGUUACCCUACUCAUUGUAGUGAAGAACACUAUCAUCAAGGCAAGGAAGCACAUAAGGAAACCUGUGCUAUUUUACGUGAAAUCAACGAAGAUGACCAUGAUUUGCGUUCUGGAAGACCCAUGCGUGAAUUUGAAUUUCCUACUGCACAGGGCUUUGAUGAAGCCGUCAAUAUGGCAAACUGGGAUGUCUUGUUUUAUACCCGUAGUUUUCCUUCCAUGGAUUCAGACAGAUCCAUGCGUCAUGUAUCGAAAUUAUUAACCUAUCCUCUCACCAUUGCAUCUGUUUUACACCAAGCCAGUCCUUAUAAGUAUGGUGAACAAGUGACAGCUGAAGGCAUGAGAUCUAUUGCAGCCUUAAGAACUAUUUUAUAUCCUCAUAACCAGGUUACUAACGAUGCCUCUUCACAAAUCCGUACUGAUACCAUCAAUGUGUAUCUCGUCGGUGCUCGUGCUGAAGCCACACUCCCUUCGCAUAUCUGGCUUCAAUUAGCCUAUUUGUUCCCUGCCACUCCUUUCCAUGUUCAUUUCAUUGGACCUGAUGCAUUAGCACCCAACCAAGAACCCCAUACAAAAUCUGUCAACGAACGUCUCAGUUUCACCUAUGACAAUGCAAUGUAUCACGAUUAUCACGAGAAGAUUGCAAAGUUUGAUCCCUUUACUGACUUGUUCUUUAUGUUCUCACCUGGUAUUGGACAUGAAGGAGCCAGAAACAGUUGGAAGCCUUCGAUUGAAAAGGCGUUAGAGACAAAGUGUCCUAUUUUCAUUACAGGAUACGAUGAAGCUGAUAUGAAGAACGACAUUGAAGCUGUUGAACAGGAUUAUCAAGGUGAAUUUGAUUGGGUUAUGAAGCCCUCUGUUAAUGAAUUCCGUAGUUUGAAACGCGAUGUCAAUAUGUUAGAUUUAAGACAAUCUAUUUUUGCAAAUUAUGGUAUUUGGGCUAUUCGUGGUAAACGUUAUGAUGUUACUCAUGAUCCUGAGAGUAACGAAUAA